AUGGAAGCGGCAGGGGAUGGAACUGGAAGGUUCCGAGGACGCCUCGAUGCCGCCGCCGGUUCCAUCUGCAGUGCGACGGAUCUGCCUUUGACCAGGCCAGCUCAGAUGAUGGUGAAUGAUUGGGAACGAAUAGUCGUGGACAUCGGUAGCAGCGACGAAUCAACAAUUCAUCCAGCAAAUGACCUUCUCAUACAAGCCCUGGCUAUUUACCCUUACUCCCACUUGGUUGAUUGUUGGGAAUCCAAGCUCGAGAAAGAUGCAGAAUUCAUCCGCCAAAGUGAAAAGGGUGGGAAAUGCAUAUUCCUCCUGAAUAACACAUUUGAUGUUCUGCAAAUGGUGCGGCGUCAAAGAGCAUCUUUUGCCAGUGACGAACUGGCAAGUAGGCUCACUUCAAUGAUCGAGCGGUACAAGAAGAGCUACUUGGACGAGUGCUGGGCUCCUCUGAACCGUCUAAACUUGGAGGAGUUUAAUGCUGAAUUUCUUGCCACCUGUAAUCGCCAGAUGACAUGGAAGGUCACAGCGGAACUCAGGUAUCAACUGCGGCAGGAGAUCGUGGAUUUCAUUGUUCCACCGUAUGAGGUGUCCUUAUCUGCACUGCAGGGAAAGGGAAAACGACUUUUAGGGGCGCCUUUUUCAUUAUUAAGGCAGCAAAUUGUGGGAGAGAAGAAACAAAAGAAGUACUACCAUACUGGUGAGCAGCUAGAAGUGGAGAUAAGAGGAUUAUUUGAAGGGUGA